GUGAAUGAAGCUCCACGGAACAGCCCUCCUGGGGUCCCGGGCGGCGCGGGCCGCUGUACUCCGGCGCCUCCGCAGCAGCGUCCGCGGUGGGCGCGCGUGGUUCCCCGAGGCAGCCCCGACCGCCCGCCGCAGCACAGUCGCCUCCGCCGCGCCAGCGGGCUGCGGGCACCUGGGGGCCGGCUGGGGGGCGCGGGCAGCGGCAGGAGGCGCUGUAGCCAGGGCUGCGGCGCGGGUCCCGCGGCGGCCGCAGGAGGGAGCGGGGCAGGCGCGGUGGGCCCGGCCCCUCCUCCGCCUUCUGCGCGGCCGCCUCCCGCCAGGCUCCGCCGGCGCCCGUCGUCCCCGCAGCGCCUCUCCGCGCCCGCCGCCCGGAGCGCCCGCGCGCGUGGCUGGCGGGGGCCUCGGUGGGCGAACGGGCGCGCGGGGCCAUGGUCGUGGCCCCCUGACGGGCCGCGGCCGCCUCCAUGAAGCGGAAGAGCGAGCGGCGGCCGAGCUGGGCCGCCGCGCCCCCCAGCUCGCGGCGCAGCCCGUCGCUGGGAGUGAAGAAGAGCCGCAACUCCACGUCGCAGGAACUGCAUCGCCUGGACCAACCGGACGACCUGUACCUGGACAUCACCGAUCGCCUUUGUUUUGCCAUUCUCUACAGCAGACCAAAGAGUUCAUCAAAUGUACAUUAUUUCAGCAUAGAUAAUGAACUUGAAUAUGAGAACUUCUACGCAGAUUUUGGACCACUCAAUCUGGCAAUGGUUUACAGAUAUUGUUGCAAGAUAAAUAAGAAGCUAAAGUCCCUUACCAUGAUAAGGAAGAAAAUUGUUCAUUUUACUGGCUCUGAUCAAAGAAAACAAGCAAAUGCUGCGUUCCUUAUUGGAUGCUACAUGGUUAUAUAUUUGGGGAGAACUCCAGAAGAAGCAUAUAGAAUAUUAAUGUUUGGAGAUACAUCCUAUAUUCCUUUCAGAGAUGCUGCCUACGGGAGUUGCAAUUUCUUCAUUACCCUCUUGGACUGCUUUCACGCGGUGAAGAAGGCAAUGCAGUUUGGCUUCUUUAAUUUCAACUCAUUCAACCUUGAUGAAUAUGAAUACUAUGAAAAAGCAGAAAAUGGAGAUUUAAAUUGGAUAAUACCAGACCGAUUCAUUGCCUUCUGUGGACCUCAUUCCAGAACCAGACUUGAAAGCGGUUACUACCAACAUUCCCCUGAGGCUUACAUCGCCUAUUUUAAGACUCACAACGUCACGACCAUUAUUCGUCUGAAUAAGAAGAUGUAUAAUGCCAAACAGUUUACGAAUGCUGGUUUCGACCACUAUGACCUGUUCUUCGCGGACGGCAGCACGCCCACUGACGCGAUCGUGAAAGAAUUCCUGGGUAUUUGUGAGAGUGCGGAGGGCGUCAUCGCAGUGCAUUGCAAAGCUGGCCUGGGACGAACAGGUACUCUGAUCGCCUGCUACAUCAUGAAGCAUUACAGGAUGACAGCGGCCGAGACCAUCGCCUGGAUCCGGAUCUGUAGACCUGGCUCAGUGAUCGGGCCUCAGCAGCAGUUUUUGUUGAUGAAACAGUCAAGCCUCUGGUUAGAAGGAGACUAUUUCCGGCAAAAGUUAAGUUGUCAGGAGAAUGGAAAACACAGAGCAGCUGUCUCGGAACUCCUCUUGGCUGUGGAUGACUUUUCAAUCCAUGGGGUCAAGAAUCAGGACAAGCACGAACCUGAACUGUACAGCGAUGACGACGAAGUCAACAGAGUGACCCAAGGAGAUAGACUGCGGGCCCUGAAAAGCAGAAGACAAUCAAAAACCAACACUGUUCCCCUCACAUGUUCCCUAGCUGUGCUGACCUCUGCACUGUGUAGUGUUGUCAUCUGGUGGAUUGUUUGUGACUACAUUCUUCCCAUCCUGCUAUUCUGUCUCGAUGGUUUAAGAACACAGUAGCCAUCGGACCCUUUGGCAAAUAGCUGCUGUUCCCUCCAUUUCAAGGACUAACACAGUCUUGCGUUAAGUAGAAGCCUGUGACCAGAGCCGAGGAAGACUCUAGGAGCACAGCUGCCACAGGACUUUCACAGUGUGUUUGGAAACAAAACAAAGUUGCAAAGGCCUUAGCUUCCUACCUAAGAAGUCUGUUCAAUGAAGACAGUGUCCACUGGAGUUGAAAUAACGGCACGCGCUCGGGUGCAAGGCCGACUUGAGGACACGCCAGCUGUCCUCUUGUAGAAGCGUCUCAAGUUGAACGACAAAAAAGCUGUUGUAAAUGUAGUCUCAGGUGUAAAUACCAGAGCCCUCUGUCGUCAGGAGGGCUGACUGCCCCGUGGUGCAUGUGUGUCCCUGUGAUGGCAAUCACGCUCGCUGCUGGCCUUCAGAGGAGUCGCGGGUCUGCUGGAGGUCCCUUACCUAUUUAUUUUCUGUUCGCCCGUGUCCAAAUGUACAGAGCUGAAACGGGCGUGGCUGAGAGGGUACUUUCUGUAAUCGGAUACUGUUCGGUGUGACCGUCGUCACGCUGGUAUGUGUAAUGUUGUGUCGUAACGUUCACUAUUAAGUCCCCAAGCUGCUUGUGUCCCACCAAAGAGUGCUUUAUUGACAAGGCCCCGUGAAGGCCCGGGUGAAGACUUGCGUGUUGUGACCCAGCGGCCGUGAGAACGGUCACCGAAAACGUGCAAGAGCCCAUCAGUAGUAGCUUCAGAGGACUCAGGAGGAGAGAUGGCCCCGGAGGUGGAAGAUUGUUGCAAGUUACUCCUUCAGGGGCUGAAGAAUUCCAAGGCUGCCCGGGUAUACGAAUUAAGAUCCUAUUACCUUCUGUGCAUGAACAAAUAACACACUUUUGGUAUUUUUCCUUGGAAACAGUGAUCCCAAAUAAUGGUGGCUUUUUUUAAAAAUCGCUGCUUUAUUAGGGUCUUUCUCUGUAGCAUUGUGGACAUUUCUGUUAUGUGAUCAGCCCGAGGCCAUUUGCACACCCUUUGGUUUCGGUGAGUUAUCCGCAUCUGGAUUUCAGCUGUUUGUACAUAAGACACUCACUGUUGCCUUCGGUUAGGGAACCAAGUCUUUGCAGAGUGCCUUCUCCCCGCCCCGCCCC